AUGAUAGAUUUAUAUACCUACUCAAGCUUAGAGGGUUUACUAAACGGGCUAACAGACUUGACUAGAAUUCCGAAGGAAUACUCUCCACUAUUGGAGCCUUAUUUUCAGAAUAUAGCAAAUCAUGCGGAUCUGAAAUCCAGAGCCCUCAAGAUAUGUCGUUCUAACUUCCGUAAAUGGAACAUAGAAAAUGCAAAAACAGUCAAUCCUGAAGUUAUAAGAAGGUGUCUUAACUUGUGGUAUGUCCUGAAGGGUAAGGAAUAUAAAAAGUUGAAGAAUCCUCCGCCCGCUAAUAAUAUUAUCAAAGAUGAGAUUGAUGUGUCGAAAAUCAAACACCUAAAUGUAGCGAGAAUAGAAUAUGACGAAUCUGGUGAACAUAUAAGUAACCCAUUAGAAAAUUUAAUCUUGGAAGAGGUUGAAGUAAACGAUUACAUAAAGGAAUAA